GCAUUAUAUAGCCAGCGCUGAGCGUGCACGGACCACACACGUGGUCUCAGAACCUGAGGCUGUGCGCGCGAAUCGGCAAGCGGUCCGAAUCGAACCCCUCAUCCUCCUCGAACUUCGACCAGAAAUCCCUCGAAGCCGUGGAGUCACGGCAUUUGAAUUCAUCCCGUCCCCUGUGACCUGCACCCUCUCUGCGGCACAGAGAUCUUGCGUCGCGCGCCGGGCGCAGGACCGCACCACCUGACCGCUUUGCACCGCGCCAAGCGCUGACUCACCCGCUGUGUUGAGAAAGAAGCAGCAGCCGCUGCUCAUCUCAUCUUACCGACACCGACCCGGGCCAGCCUUCACUGAUGUCCUGAUUCGUCGCGCGGAUUUGCCAUAAUUUUAUGCAAUGCAUUUCCCCACGGGAGCAGGUCAUCUGCCCCCGCAUUUCUCCAGCACGCGAUAUGGGGCCGGAGGGCGGGGUAUAAAAAGCCGGGAAUAAGAGAGACGUGUCUGUCCUGCGACACGAUGCUGGGCUUGCAGACGAAUCUCAAGCAGUUGCUUGCUCUGCUUUUGCUCAUCGGCGCGUCCGAUGCGGAGAGCUACACCGGUCCCUAUGCUGACGGCGGCUCGUGGACCAAAGGAUUUCAUGAAGCCAAGGCUCUGCUCGCUCAGAUGGUGUCGUACUUUCCGAACUUGACAAUGUUCUCAGGCUCACACAUCCUCACAGACAAUCCCUGAGAAGGUGCAUCUCCUGCAUCCACCCUAUUGAGUUCCAUCUCACUCGCCGCCAGGUGAACAUCACGACUGGAUUCCCCGGCCUGUGCGCAGGGGUGACAGGCGAGGUGACGCGUCUCGGGAUCCCGGGAUUCUGUCUGCAGGACGGGCCGACGGGCGUGCGCCCCGCGCGCCGCGUCUCGCAGUUCCCCGCGGGGAUCACGACCGCUGCGACGUGGAGCCGCGACCUGAUCGCGGCGCGGGGCACCGCCCUCGCGCGCGAGUUCCACGACAAGGGCGUAAACAUCUGGCUUGGCCCUGUCACCGGUGGGCCCAUGGGACGCAGUCCGUUUAACGGCCGGCUUUGGGAAGGUUUUGGCCCUGACCCGUAUCUCCACGGCGUCGCGUCAUUUCUGACUGUCAAGAGCGCGCAAGAUGAAGGCGUCGUCACCUGUUCCAAGCACUAUCUUGCUUACGAGCAGGAAACAUACCGGAAACCGUUCCACGUCGACGAUGUCGCGCUCUUCCCACCGAACCCCAUCUCAUCGGACCUGGACGACAAGACGGCUCACGAGCUGUACAUCUGGCCGUUCGCCGAGGCCGUGCGCGCCGGAUCGGGGACGGUCAUGUGCUCCUACAACGAGAUCAACGCGACGCACGCGUGCGCGAGCGAUCCGGCGCUCAACACGCUGCUCAAGAAGGAGCUCGGGUUCCAGGGCGCGGUGGUCUCGGACUGGGGCGGAACGUGGGACACGCAGAACUCGGCGCUGUUUGGGCUUGAUGUGUCGAUGCCCGGGACGGGCUUUGCUGGGCGGUACGGAAACUUCUUUGGAGCUGAAUUGGUCGCGCUUGUCGAGAACGGGACCAUUCCGGAGAAACGAUUGGAUGACAUGGUUCUGCGCACGCUGGCCCCCAUUCUCGAGUUGCAAAACGUGAAAACAUGGCCCCGGCCUACAUUCAACCAAUCCGAUCUCACCGUCCCUACCAACAACGUCCGCCGGGACCACUACAAAAUCAUCCGACAAAUUGCGCAGGAGGCGAUCACGCUCGUCAAGAACGACCGCACGGGCGGGCGCGGACUCCCGCUCGCCGCUCCUGCCGACAUGGCCUCGCUGGCUGUGAUCGGCCAGGACGCCGGCCCAGCUCCAUUUGGCAUGACGGCCUGUGGGUCUGGCGGCAACAACUGCCUUGCGGGGGGCAACAACGGUACGGUGACUAUGGCCGGGGGCAGUGGAUUCGCCUACCCGCCGUACACGAUCGAUCCGCUGGCAGCGAUCAACGCGUACGUCGCUGCAGACGGACCGGAUAUCAAUCAGCAUCUGGAGAACUACAACUUGACGGCGGCGGCGCUGCAGGCCAGUGUCUCUGAGGCUGCGAUUGUGUUUUUGAGCGCGUUUGCGUCGGAGGGAUACGACCGGGCCAAUCUCACGACAUACCCGAACGGCGACGCUCUUGUGCAAGCCGUUGCAGCGGUGAACAAGAAUACGAUCGUGGUUUUGCACGUUCCGGGUGCGGUGAUUGUUGAGGACUGGAUCGACCAUCCGAAUGUCACCGCUGUGCUCGUCGCCCAUCUGCCUGGUCAAGAGAGCGGCAGCAGUCUCGUGCCUGUGCUGUGGGGAGAAGUCUCGCCUUCCGGGAAGCUGCCGUACACAUUCGCCAAGAGCGUCUCCGACUGGCCGCCAAACGGGAUCGUAUUCGACGCCGUCCCCGCUCCCCAAGCCAACUUCACGGAGAAACUGCUCCUCGACUACAAGUGGUUCGACGCGAAGAACAUCACGCCGCGCUUCGAGUUUGGCCUCGGACUGAGCUACACGACGUUCUCCUUCGGGAAACUGAGCCUCCAGAAGAGCUUCAAGGCCGACAGCACGUCCGUGCAACCGACCGCCGAGCCGUUCGUGAAGCUUGCGUCGGAUUCUGGCAAGAGCAUGUACGAUGUGUUGUACACGGCUUCUGUGUCCAUCAAAAACACCGGGAAGGUCGCGGGCGCCGAAGUCGCCCAGCUCUAUGUUUCGUUCCCAGCCGCUGAAGACCAGCCGCCGCGUGUCCUGCGCGGCUUCGACAAGCUGAGCCUGAAGCCGGGGCAGCAGGGCACUGCGACGUUCGAGCUGACGCGGAAGGAUGUGUCGGUGUGGGACGUGAGCGCGCAGAAAUGGAGAGUUCCCAAGGGCUCAUUCACGAUAUCCGUCGGUGCGUCCAGCCGCGAUCUGCGCUCGGAGGUCGUGCACGCCUUUGCGUGA